GAGAAGAUAAAAGCUAAAAUUAUUCAUUCCAUUUUCAUUCAUUCAUUCACUUUGAAGACAAAAUAAAAAAAACUUCUCUUCUCUCUCUUUCUUUCUCUCAAUCUCCUUACCACACCACCACACACAGUCCAACGUUAAUCGAUCAAAAACCCACUUCUGUCGAUAUCUGUUUGAUCCAGAGUUGUUCACUUUUACUUCAAAAAAAAAACGUGAAAAAUUCCGUUCGAUUCUCCUUCACUCGAUGAAGAUUGAAUUUCAGAAAUCGUGGAUGUCUAUGAUACGUAAUCACCGUUUCCAUGUUUUUUAUGAUUCGAUCUGUGAUGAUCAUAAUGCCACUCAUCGAAAACUUGUUGAGCAUGUGGUUUUGUUCUGCUUCCCCUGAAUUCUUUGUUUGUUUUUGUUUCUUACCCUUUUUGUGUGGUUGCGUAUUCAGCAAGUGUACUUGUUGGAUUCGAUUACACUGAUAAUUCUCUGAUCUGGGAAAGUCACACCCAAAAAAAGAAACGAUUUUUCCCCUUACCCUUGAAUAACUGAUUGCAAAACCGGUUCCAAUUACAAGCCCCCGUUUCUGGGUGUUCAUCCAUGGAGGACGAUUUUGCUGGUUUUUUAUUGGCUGAUCUUACUUUGAUGAAUUAUGAUGAGUUCACGUGAAUGAAGAUUUCAAAUUUAAUUACAAAAUUGGAAAAUUCCUUUCUUUUUUGUGUUGGAAUAUCCCAUCGUUAGGAGAACGAAUACUAUACUUCUCCUCAAAGUUUUCGUCUUUGGAUUCACCUUGAAAUAUCAUGUGUUUUGUUACCAUCCAUCUUUCCAUGCUUUUUCUUCAUCUGGGUCAUCUUAAAUCUAAAUCAAGCGUUUUUUUUUAAACGAUCGGUGUUGAUUUUCUUCUCCAGCUCUGAUUUUUUAUUUUUUGUGAAUUGAUUUUUUAUUUUAUUUUAUUUUUACUUUCUGAUCCUUCACUUUCAUAGGAGGUUCAUGUUUCUGUGGGUCUAAAUGCAUGCCUUCUGGUCUUGUAGUUCAUAAUUUAUAAUUUCAUAAUAAAUGGACAAAGUUGAUCAUAUAAUCCAGCUUUUUUUUAUUAAACUUUUUGUGUCACAUAAUGAGUUUAUGUAAGCAUGUUUUUUCUUUGUAGGUUUGAGACCUGAGAUUUGCUAGUCAAUUAUAUUUUUGAGGUACACACUUUUGCAAGUUAGUAGAAAAAUAUGUAGAGUUUCAGAUGCUAUAAUUAGAUAAACAGAGAAAUCAAUUAAGAUAGUAAUAAAUUUGCACAUAUUUUCGUAAUUCCCAGAAGUUUAGAUCUUUUCUUCUGCAAAGUUUGGGCACUGCAAACCUUACGCAGUGCCCAUGGAUGCCACAACAAGCGGAACCCCAACUAUUCAAUACCAUAACAUCCCUGACCAGUCAAUUACUGCCAUUGUUGCCACACCACUUCCAACAUUUCAAAGGCAGCAACGCCAUUGCUUUGGGGACAAAAGUCCAGGAGAGUUUCCCUUGUCUGCUAAUCCCUCCAUUGUCCUUCAUGUCCUUACUGCAUGUAAUUUGGAUCCUCAAGACCUUGCUAAACUAGAGGCAAGUGCUAUGCUUAUCUGCAUUUCAACUGUGAACCAGCCAGCAAACUUUGCUCCUGAUUUCAACUUGUCCUUAUCUGAGCUUGCUGCACUUGACAUGUGCCAGAAGAGAGCCAUCUUUAAGCCAAUGACAACAGAACAACGGCAAGAUUUGAAGCAAAGAUGUGGCGGUUCUUGGAAAUUGGUCUUGAGGUAUUUGCUGGCUGGAGAAGCAUGUUGUAGGAGAGAGAAGUCACAGGCAAUAGCAGGUCCUGGUCACAGCAUUGCUGUGACAUCAAAAGGGGUUGUCUAUUCAUUUGGUUCCAACAAUUCAGGACAACUUGGGCAUGGCACCACUGAAGAGGAAUGGCGACCUAGACCAAUAAGAAAUUUGCAAGGCAUUCGAAUUAUUCAAGCUGCUGCUGGAGCUGGGAGAACAAUGUUGAUCAGUGAUUCUGGGCAGGUUUAUGCAUUUGGGAAAGACUCUUUUGGGGAAGCUGAGUAUGGAGUUCAAGGAUCUAAAACUGUUACAGUUCCACAGUUAGUAGAGUCUUUGAAAAACAUAUUUGUUGUCCAAGCUGCAAUUGGUAAUUUUUUCACUGCUGUAUUGUCAAGAGAAGGCAGGGUUUACACAUUUUCUUGGGGUAGUGAUGGCAAACUUGGUCACCACACUGAUGCAAGUGAUAUGGAACCCCAUCCUUUAUUAGGAGCUCUGGAAGACAUACCAGUAGUGCAAAUUGCUGCUGGAUAUUGCUACCUGCUUUGUCUGGCUUGUCAAGCCAGUGGAAUGUCAGUGUACUCUGUUGGAUGUGGCCUGGGGGGCAAGCUUGGACACGGCUCAAAAACUGAUGAAAAGUACCCUCGUUUGAUUGAACAGUUCCAGUUGUUAAACCUUCAACCCAUGGUGGUUGCAGCUGGUGCUUGGCAUGCUGCUGUGGUAGGACGGGAUGGCCGUGUUUGCACAUGGGGAUGGGGCCGUUAUGGUUGCUUGGGGCAUGGGAAUGAAGAAUGUGAAUUAGUACCUAAGGUAGUGGAAGCAUUGAGCAAUGUCAAAGCUGUUCAUGUUGCGACGGGAGAUUACACAACCUUCAUAGUGUCUAAUGAUGGCGAUGUUUAUUCAUUUGGUUGUGGAGAAUCUGCUAGUCUUGGGCAUAGUGCUGGAAAUGAUGGGCAGGUACCAGGGAACAGACAUGCAAAUGUGUUAAGUCCUGAGCUUGUUACUUCACUGAAACAGAUUAAUGAACGGGUGGUACAGAUUAGCCUGACCAAUUCCAUAUACUGGAAUGCUCAUACCUUUGCCCUCACUGAAUCAGGGAAGCUAUAUGCAUUUGGGGCUGGAGACAAAGGACAGUUAGGAAUUAAGCUUGUUACCAACCAGACUGAAAGGGGAAAUCCAGAACGUGUUGACAUUGAUCUUGGUUAACUGUUUGUGCCUUUAUAGUCCUUCCCAUUCUUUACAGCAUGCUAUCCUUUAAUUUAUGGUCGCCAUGCAUAGCAUUUAGUGUUUAAUUUUCUUAUCUAUUUUGUAAAUAUUUAAUCAAAGAAUGCAUCCUUAUGGUCCAUGGUAGGUAACAGCUAACAAGGGCCUAUGCUGCUGUCUUAUGGUGGUUGAUAUCACUCUUAGGCUUCAACUGGUUGUUAAUAGUUGAUACAUUGUUGUGAAGGUUUAAUUACAGUGUAGUUGUCUUUGAGUUGUUUUCAUAGAUUAUUUGCUUAGAUAUAGUUGUUAAAUUCAUCAUUUAUUCAUCAUCAAA